UGCGUUCCAAAACCUACUCGAGUCAACUCGGGAGUAGCGCUCUACCCGAAGCGCCGUUCCAAAACCCGGUCGAGUAACUCGAUGACGUCACUACCCGCGUUCCAAAACAAGGUAGAGUAAGGAGAGAGUUAACUCGAGUCAACUCUCCUCCGAAGGCCGGUCAGGGAAGGUUCGCCCGAGUAAUGACGUCAUGCUUUUGUCGUCUGCUGUUUUCUGCGAAAGCGCGGCAUCGAAACCAGCUGAACGUGUGGUUGUCAAAAAGCCUCGACCUCCACGACGGGUUAUCAACACACAACUGGACACCCAAAUGGCAACACUCUUCCUAUGCGGAUUGUGCGACAUGGUUUUUGAGGACCAGGCGAACGCCCAAAGACAUGCGAGCCGGAUACAUUUCCCAGGAAAAACGCUACCUAGAGGAGGGCUAUCUAACGACGACCCGACUUGCUGCGUCGUCGAGGUGUGCGACAUCUGUGAAUAGCUGGUUGUAGUUUCUGAGACGGUACGCUGGAGUGAAUUUAAAGUUCACAAUCACUAGCAAGUGCCCUGCGAGGGCGUCAGCAACGGGGAAGUGAUGGGGGAAGCACAGCAGCUGGAAGCCCUAGCAUACUCGAACAUGGAGCUAGACGGCACAGGCACGAUCAUCCUCAUUCCUCAGGAAGCCAGUGGUCUGCUCAUUGGAGAUGCUCUUGUGGGUGAGGACCUGUUGCCAGCAGAGACCCCCAUCGUGUGUCAGGAGCCCUGCGUUGAGGUUGCUUCUGCUCCUCAGCCCAGUGCCUCACAGUGCCUCUUCCAGGGAAUAGCCGAAGUGACGCACAAAAAAAGGAGCGCUUUGUCCCCACGCAUAGUGACUCGAGCUGUCAAAAUGCGGUGGCUGGAUGAACUACUGGAACAGAAGCAAAUAGCAUGUCCCAUAACUGGGUGUCUCGCACGCUUCUCCUCCAUGACCAUGAUGGAGAGGCACUACCUCUCUUGCCCAGGUGUCGAUGGAUCAGGCAUGGAAAAGUGUCCAUAUUGCGAUGAGCAAUUCCUCACCCUUAGCAAUGCGCUUCAGGAGCACAUCCCUGAGGAGCAUCCUACCAUGAAAGCCCUGUUACACAGUGAAGCGCCACGCAAGAAGACUCCUGGUAUGUAUCGCAGACGUAGAGCCCCAACCAACAAUGAACCCCCUGCCAAGAAGGUGCCAGCACCCGUACCCAGUACCCGUGAGUUUGAGGUGCGCCGACGUACAUAUUCUCGUGCCUGGGAUCAACCAGUGGGACCCACGUCUGAGCUCUUUCGACGGCCUCAGCAGGGAGAUGACGAUCCCCUACAACUUCCACGUGACUGUGUCAAUCAGCAGGAUAUUACCUUGUCUUCUGAGGAGCUAGCAUUGGACGAGAACCAGUUGGCAGAAGACGGGCAGCCUUCAAGCCACGACUCGUCACUGUCAAUUUUAGAUACGGCUUCACUACCUCGAGUUCCUAUCCGCCAGCCUACAACUAGGCCACGUGGGAACAGGACAGCCACCAGGAGACCAACACGACCACCAGCACCAAACUCCAGAACGGUUCAGGUAAUAGUGCGGUCAGAACGUGCAAACAGUGACCUGCUCAGGGAUCCCAACCUCCUGGAUGCCCUGGGUGACCUGGCAACCAGGACAGAACAACCACAGGACCGUAUAGCUGUACAUGCUGCAGCCACGGCUGGAGGACGCUAUCUGCAGACGGAACUGGCUCAGCGUUCCAUCCUGGAGCGGAGUGAGGUUGACCGCUUCUUUGGUGUGGUAAAGGUGGACUCUGCCUGCCAGACAGACGAUCUGCCGCUGCAAAGACCAAGGGUUAGUCCAGCUAUCUUAAAGAAAUCUACACUAAGGGUAUGCAGUGUGCCAGCUCAAGUUGCCCCACCUGCAGCACCUCCAAUACCUGCAGCACCUGCAAUACCAGCAGCACCAACGACAAUGCCCAGGAGCAUUGCAGUAAGCAUAGUUUGUGCCAACCGUGGAUACUCAUCAGAUGAAGAUGAUUUCUCAGCCCCAGUGCCCUGUCCUCAAGAGACUACUGACCAUGCCCUCUUACAUCUGCCUGCAUCAUUGCAAUACCCUUCUGUUGAGAAUGCGCCUCUUGAGGAAUCUGUACUGGAAGGAGAGUAUAGGGACGACCAUUAUGUUGAACCUAUUGCAUGUGGCGUAUCAGCCGUUGAUAAUGCCCCCGGUACAGAAAGUGCUACAGAGGAAACUCACUGCAGUAGAGAGCAUGGUGCAGAACUUGACACAAGCCAAAGCAAAAUGGAUGAGACAGAAGCAGACUCUGAGUCAGCCAUGCAUCUUGGGUCAGACAGCACGGAAGACAUGCUGGUGCAGAGUUUCAUAGCCAAUCCAAGCAAGGACACUGCAGGAGAUGUUGUACCAGCUUCUGUGGCUAUUCCAGUCCAAGUUUACACUGAAGUGGCCCAGGUGCAGGAUACUGUGGCAAAUCCAGUCCCAAGUGGUACUCAAGGAUGCACUGAACGAGACCUCACGCAGAACCCUGGGUCCAAUCUAAACCAGAAUGACACCAAGGAAGCUGUAGUGCUUGAUUCUCUAGAUGGUCAAAACCUGGAUAGCACUGAAGGAGUUCUUGGGCAAGACUCUGUAGCUGAUCCAAUACAAACUGGCAAUGGAGGAGACCUGGUGCUUGAUUCUCUAGGUGAUCCAAAGCAAAAUAACAGUGAUGGGGCCCUUGUGCGUGACUCUGUGGUCGAUACAAUGCAAAAUAACACUGAAAAAGAUAUGGUGCUGGGUUCUACAGAUAAUCCAAACCAAAAUAGCAGUGAAGGAUCCCUUGUGGAGGGCUCUGUGACCAACACAGUACAACAUACUGAAGAGGAUCUGGUGCUGGAUUCUAUAGACAGUCCAAACCAAGAUAGCACUGAAGGAUCUAUUGUGCAGGACACUGUAGUCAAUCCAGUUCGUAGGAACUCCGGCGAUCUGGUGGUGGAUUGUGUUGAUAAUCCAAACAAAGAUAGCACAGAGGUUGUUAUGCAGAGCUCUGUUGACAGUUCAGUUCAGAAUGACACUGAAGAAGGUCAUGUGCCAGACUACUUGUCAAACAUGAGCCAAGGUAGUGUGGAAAGAGCCCUUUUGACUGAUCCUACGACAAAUCCAAACCAAAAUGACUCUGCGGAAGUUCUGGUGCAAAGUUCUCAGGUUGAACACAACCAAAAUACCUCUAAAGAUCUUGUUAUAGAUUCUGUGAUCAGUCCAAUCCAGAAAGAUAAUAAACAGGCGGAACUGGAUGGUGAUAUUAAAGGGAUAAUGCUCCACUCUGACCACUCUGAAGGCAUUGAAGAUGACAUUUCGCAAACUGAGUUGCCCGUUGCUCCAGAUGUAGAGCCAAAGAGACUUGUCUGUGCACCAACAGAAACAGUGUGUGCAAAUGAAGCCAAAACAAUGUCCAUCUGUGUGAAUAAUGUGCUGACAGAAAAAUCCAAUACUACUACAAGAGUGCUGAGCGCGGAUCUGGCUGUGUCUAUGGAGCCCUAUGAGGAGCAGCAGGAGGUCACAUGCUUCGAGGCCAUUUCAAGAGUAAGUGACGAGAUAUCCAAUGAGGGCACAGAACAUAGUGUCGAUCAGUCUCUGUGUGACUAUAAUACAAAUGAAACCACAGUCGGACAUUGCCUUCCGUCUACAGCAGAAAUUGCACCUAGCCUUGUAGCACCUGACACAGAACCUGUCAUGUUACCUUACAGGACUAUACUUACUGUUCGCCCUUGCACAGAGAUUAACCUCUCAGGUGGUGCAAUACAUGCAGAACCUGCAAAAUCAGCAGAAGACAAAGCUAAAAGUAUCUCAGAGUUCUGUGAUCAUAUAGAUGCUAGUGCACAAGUAUGGGUUGCAAAAAUGAGAGAACAACUGAAUGCAGAGACGGAAAUGGAAUAUGCACAAAUUGUUACGAGCAAGCAAGAGGUUUUUGUGAACCUUGAUCAAGAAGAGUCUUGUUUACAACCCAGUGGCUCUUUUGUGGAGCAGGUAAUACACAGCGAACUUGAAGGGAUGCCUGGUACAGAUACAGUGAAGGGGGAUGCACACAGCAACCCUCAUACAGAUUAUGAAACUGGCACACAAAACUUGCCUGUUGAAUGCAGCGCUGACAUGGGACACCCUGCUGCUUCGGACAUGGGGCUGGAGUCAAGUUAUGUAGCCAAAUCUGAGAGUGGGUGCGAAGCAAAGCAAGCUUCGGAAUGUUAUGAACCUGUCAGCAUUGCCAGUGCACAAUCCAGAUCUGAAACUCAAGGUGACAUAAGAGAGGCAGUAAGCCCUUAUUGUGAAAAAUCUGCGAGUGACGCACUGGAUUGCAACUUGCUGCCAACAAGCUGUUCUGAGCUUGAAGUAAUGAAUCAAGGUGAAAUUACUAUUGAUACCAAUACAUGUGUAGAUGUGGCACCACCUGUACAUGACAUGCAAUGUGAAGAGCAAGACCACAGUGUAGGCUUUGUGGAUUGUUCUCACAGCGUGCCCAGCCCUUCAUUGGAAAUUCAGUCUGUGCAAUUGGAUCGAGAGGCUCUCAAAAUGGAAUAUGUAGCUGAAAUUGACAGACAUCCUGUGGAACCCCAAAAGGAAGUUGACAUACAACACAUGGAAAUAGAUCUUCAGACUGAAAUUCAUACAAAUCCUGUGGAAAUGAACUCUCAAUCACAAGUUAGCACACACCUUGUGGAAGCGGAUACUCAACUAGAACUUGCUGUGCAACCUCUGCAAAUUGAUUCACAGGCAAAAGUCGAUGCACAAACUACGGCAACAGAUCCCCAGAGUGAAAUGGACAAGCUAACCAUACCAGUAAUAGACACACAGUCAGUAGAAAUUGAUCACCUUACAGGCACCUUGCAACCUUGCAUACAGUCAGAAUGUCCUGGAUCCCCACCAGCUAUUCAUAGAGAGCCCAUGGAAAUGGAUUUCCAUUCAGAAACUGAUCACAAAUCAGUGGCAUUGGAGCUAGAGGCUCACACACAAGCUGAUCAAGUGGACACCCAUCAAUCAAUUGAUGUAGAGCCUGUAGAAAUGUUUCGGAGUGAUUCUGAAGAAGGUGUAGGUACUGCCUCGGAGUCUUCUCCAGUGGUUGUAGCUGAAUGCGAGAAGGCCACAGAGGAAGACCCCAUGGGUGGCUUGAAGCAGGAAGAAAAGAUUUGUGCUGAGUCUGCUCUCUGCCCAGUCACAACAGAAGACUACAGUGGUGAGAAGCAGUGCACAGAUUCCGAAGCAAAACAUGAUGUCGUGAAGGAACAGGACACUAAAGUCAAUGUGUCCAAUAUUGACAUUAAACCCAGCGACAUUGUUGAACGGGAAAACUUGGAAAACGCAGCUGGGUCAUCUUGUGAAAGAUGUCCUUCGGCUGAAGACGAAAAAAUGUCCAAAGGAGGAGUGGACCCAGGGUGGGUUGAUGACGAAGAUGACACACAGUCGAGUGGGGAAGCCCUGCUUCACAUUGUGGAGUCUGUUCCAGAGGAGUCUAUUCCAUUAGACGAGAGCAACGACCGGCAACCAGAAGAUGAUCAUUUUUUAGGGGCUAGUGGAGGUCGCUCUAUUGCGGCCUCCACGGCAGAGAAGACUCCAAAUGUUGGAGCAAAGCGAAAGAAAAUGUCUACUAAGAAGGAGUUGCCACCGAAGGAGUCAAGUCCGAAUCCAGGAGUCGGUACCAAAGGAAUCUGCCGCAGGAAGCCCCUAUUCCGGCUUAACUUGGAUUUUCCCGAUGGUGCUCCUUUGAAAUGUUCGGCAUGCAAAAGUAUAUUUACUGACAAGAACCUUAUUGUGGAACAUAUCUUGCAUGCACACUACAAUUUGGCAAGAGUGAACGACGAGCAGGAACUGUCGGAUGCAGAACAGCGCUCGGCUCUACUCCAGGCCUCCAAGGUUAUAUCUCGCUUUGAGUGCAAGAAUGAUGGCUGCUAUGCCUCAUUUGCGACCCACAUUUCCUACUAUAUGCACCAGUCUCGCUGUUCUAUGGCGCCUAUAUCGACCACUGAUGUUCCAAAGUCCAAGCGUGGCAAACAGCAAGCGGAAGAAGAUAACCAUGAAGGCCCAAGGAAGAAGCGUCGUUCUGCACUCCAGGCCAUGAAGAGCUUCACCAGUAUGCCAGAAGAGCAACCCUCAAGCAGGGAGUCAGACGUGACUGACUUCUCGGAUGACUGCUCCGAUCUUUCUGAUGAGCCUCUGUCCGACUGGAGUAUGUCCUCAGGAGACGAGGAUUCCCUGUCUGCAUUGCAGAGCUGGCGAGGUCGCUUUAAGGGUCCAGAGGGAUGUGGGGAGAAGCUUCCUCAGAAUGUGAUCAAGGGGUGGGUCAAAGGCUCCCCCUGUCCUAACAAGGGCUGCACGAAAGAGUUCCAGACACUUCUUGGGCUCAAGUAUCACUACCCGCGCUGUAGCCAAGGAAGCUUCUACGAGUGCUGUCGUUGCGGUCUCGGCAACAUCAAACAUUCUUGGGCCAUGCUUCGGCAUCUGCGGUCUUGCUAUCUGGAUAGGCCAAAAGGCGACGUCAGCAAGAAAAGGGCAAGGGGCAAAAUGCAGAGCCGAAGGCCUUGUGAAUUGCACCAGAAUACUGUUGACUUCCGGAAAAAACAUUACGCGAUGGAAAUGCUGUACAAAGACUGGAGGCCUAGCAAGUGGGAGCCAUUGCCCAAAAGUGAUGCGGAGCUGUAUUUACCUGUAUUCCGGGAAUCUCCAGCGUUGCGCUUGGGUGAUGUGACCUGGAACACAAUGAAACUCUUUGAAGUAUCACACCAAAAAGCACAUACCACACUUUUUGUCGGUGGAGCCGUGUGGGCAGCUGCAUGGUGUCCAGUGCCAGAUGAUGAGGAGCAGUGGGUGGCACUGGCUUGCUGUCCAGAUCCUGAUGCAGAUUGGCCCCUUGUUACGGUUGAUCCACUUCCUUGCACCAGAGGCCUCCUUCAAAUUUGGUGUUUGGGGAAGCUCAAUGGGUCAGAGUGCAACCCUAAACUUGCACUUCUAUUGGGCCAUGACUGGGGUCUCAUUACGGACAUUGCAUGGUGCCCUUCGGGCUGUUGGGAGCCACCAGGCACGGGACACAGGUUGGGUCUGCUUGCCUUGGCUUGUGUGGAUGGCAGUGUGCGGAUCAUAAGUGUGCCUCAUGAAAUGCCUACUGUUGGUGAUAUUGUUGUGCGUGGGGGAGUUGUUCCAUCAGUGACGCUGGAGUCUCCUGCUGGAGCUUCGCUAUGUGCUCGAUUAGCAUGGUAUCCUGCAAGACACCAUUCGUUGUUUGCUGCUGGAUAUGGUAAUGGUAUGGUGUCUUUGUUUGACCUUGAAACGAAUAGUGUCCUCCUUCGUGGAAGUGCACCCGAUGGCUCCUCCUCGCUGCAGCCUUGCCAAGUGAUACAAGCCCAUGUGGCUGCCAUCACUGGCCUUGCCUGGAGUCACUGUACACACGAGCCAUUCCUUGCGAGCGCUUCCAUCGACCGGUCAGCCAAGCUGUGGUCCAUGAACGAUCCAGCUGCACCAGUGACACUCUUCCGGCGAGGCAUGCUGCGGAGCCUAGCAAUGUGCCAACACUGGAAUGGAAUGUUCCUGGCUGGAGAUGAAACAUACACGAAUUCUCGUGUGGUCACUUUGUACAAGGAAAAUGGUUAUUUCAACUAUGUACCAAAGUCACUCAUGUCAAACAACUGUACCAGCUGGUGGGUGAGCAUUUCUGAAUGGCUGAACAUGGCAGCUGCUUGUGAUGUAGGGGGACACGUAUCAGCCAUUUCAUUGCCCUUUCUCAGUGGCAACUUGGACAGCAACAAGAAACACAGACGUGGACGUGUGUUUAUCUACCAAACAAAUAUGGUUCCAUUGGAUGCUAGCCUUCCAACACCACAAGAUGCCACCAGCCAUGCAGUGGCUGUGAAGCACUUUGGCCUUAUGUUUCAAGAUUCUCCACUGGACUCUUGGUCUGCAAGCCAGGAUGCAAAGGGCUAUACUGUGUCUCCUAAUCAGUACCAUCUCAACUCCAUCAACACAGUGUCAUGGAACCCCAAUGGACUCUCUUGGCUGUUGAGUGGAGGACAGGCAGGCAUUGUGCGUCUCUCCUGGCUGGGACGCCUGACAGGAAAGCGAUCCAAACCACCAUAAAUGCUACUUAGCAGUGAUCGCCGAGAGGGAUCUUCUCAUCGCACCGUGGCUAGGAGUGAUCAUCAUGCUGUGGAUUUCAAACCAGCCACAUUAUUUAAGUAUGACCACACGUAAUUUUAUUGAAUGACAAUACAAAGAGGGACUAGAAAGUGAGCAGGGGACUCCUGCAUGUAUCCAGCAAGUCUGAAAUGAAAAUGAAAAGCAGUGAGAAAUUUUCCCACCAGCAUAAUCUCUCCUGUGUAAUUCAACUACUCAGAGCAGGUUACAUUUUGGUUGCACUGUCUCUGUCCAGAGCUUGUAUUUGCCAUGGAUUUGCAAGUUCUUGAGUCAUUCCUUCACUUAUUUAAUACACUACACAAAAGCUAUCUUCCACCAUGAUACAUUUUCAACAGGAAACCUCGCAGUAUGCAGUGUGAUCUGUUUGUCUGACAUUCAGAUACAGCUAGUCAUCAUCAUAAGUCAUCCCCAUGGAUCAUGCAGGAGUUUCACACAAUUUUUGCGACUAUGCAUCUUAGCAAAUCAAGACGCAAAGCGACCAGCAUGCAUCCCAUUGGCGAUAUAUUUAGAUCCACCCAAAGUAGAGAUGUCUGCUCAUAUCGCGGGUGUCUCCAUCAUGCUAAAUGCGAAGGCCCUGUUAUGUACCUAUAAACAAUGUUUGUGUGCAGAGCCCCUGCCCCCAUGUGCAUUGCCAUUUGAUGUACUGUGGGAGCUAAUAAAGCUAGAUAUGUGGUAUAAUUAGCACCAUG